AUGGAAAGCAAAAGGAUAAAAACAGACGAAAUUGGCCAUUUCACGACACGCGUGGACACGUUGCUUGCUACGACGACUGAACAGACUCAAAAGAACGAAGCGAAUGAGGAGAAGCCAGAGCAGAAAGCGUACAAAGCGAGUGAAAACAUAAAGAAGUUUCUGGUGUCAGAUGAUGGAUUAUCACGAAUUGUGAGGAUUCUGAGAGUGAACAAGAAGAAGAGUGUGAUGGAUCAGGUUGAUUACGUCAUUGACUUCUACAUGACAUGGGCCAGCAGUGUCCCAGUCAGAAAGACGCUGCAAAUCAACAAAUACGACGUAUUGAAGUUCAUUGAGGUGUUUCUGGGAGAGAAGACCAAGUUGGAUGAAGAAGAGUGGAAUCAGGCAGUUCGUCGUGUCUGA